AUGAUAGUCUCAUCACCAUCAACCUCCACUGCCAGUGACUCAAAUAUAGAGAACCCACUCCAUGUGGUGCCAUCUACUCUCUCUCAAACAUUCACAGCUGAAAACUCAUCUCUUACUGAAAGAUCACUAGCUUCAAGUGAGAAAGCGACUGGUCAGAAAACAAUACUCCUCAAGAAGCCAUUAUUGCCAAGGAAUCUUGUAAUUCAGGAGUUGGAUCAUCUGGGAGAGCCACUGACCUUGCUAGAGGAGACUGGUGAUGAUGAUGAUUUUGCUGAGAAUCCAAGCAUUAUUGAGAAGAAGACUACAUUGGUUAAGGAGUCAGACAUCAACACGGAGAUAAGUUCUGUAGAGAAGUACACAAAUUCGGAGAAGCCACCCUGCCAAAAUGAGGACUUAACCUUGCAGGACUUAAAUGCUAAAGAGGAUUUGGUAUCUACAAAGCCGAAGAACAUUGAGAACUCGAAAGCUGAGAUGGAAAAUCCUACCAAGGAGUCACUUGUUUUACAGAAGAAAUGUACCAUUCAGAAGAAUGUGUCCGGCUCGGAUGAACCACUGCCACUAGCAGUUAAAUCCUUUUCUGAAGAGCAGCUGCUCAUUAAAUCACUGACAUUUCAAAACAAGCCUACGACUGAGACUGAGAAGGUGUCCCCUUUCCAGACAUCAGCUGCAUUGCAAGAGAAACAUGCCACUGUCUUCCAGGCAUCGGCUGCAUUGCAAGAGAAGGUAACCAUCUUGAAGAAGCCAGAUAUAUUUCAGGAGGAUAUUGAAAGAGAAAGUCAAUUUGUUAGGGAAUCGCUUUCCUUUAGAAAGCAAUAUAACAUAAAUGCAUUCUCCACCAAGGAAAAAUCUUUAACAAAUGAAGGCUAUAUCACUGAAACGAUGAUGAUCACCCAACAAAAAGUCUUGGACUUGAGAGAUGUGAGUAACAAAGAUAAAAAUUUUCACCCUGUGAGGCCAGAAUCACCAAAGAAGUCUUCAACCAAAGAAGCAACUGUUACCAAGGCAUCACUAUCUUUAAAGGAACAGCAAAGUACUCAGGAGAUUUUAUACUUAGAGAAGAAGACCUCUGAAGAGAAGUCACUCUGUAAGAAGGUGUUAAACGAUGAGGAAAAGCCAUCAGCCGAAGAGGUGUUCCUCCCCAAGGAUCCAGGUGCUGUAGAAGAAAACACCACUCUGCAUGCAGCGUCUCUGCCCAAGAAUCUGCUGACCUUGCAGGAGAAGACCAAUAGUGAAAAGGAGUCAAGUAUUAAGAAAGCAUCCACCUUGCAGAAGAAGCUUAUGACUAAGGAGGAAUUUUCAUUGCUUGUUAAACCCUCCAACAAAGAUAAAUAUGUCUCCAGGAAGACUUUGCCUGUUCAGAAGAAUGACAUCAAAAAGAGCUCUUAUCAGAAGUUCUUAACUGUUUCAGAGAAAAGCACCACUAGAGAGGAUGGGUACUAUCCCAGGAAUCAAUUGUUUUCAAGGAAGACCCCCAUUCCUGAGGUGGCAAAAAGCAAAGAGAAGCAAUUAUCUUUUAAAAAUAAUCCCAUUGCUCAGUGGAAGGUGGCUCCUUUGAAGAACCACAUGGCCCUACAAUACCACUUCACCAAUGAAGAAGGUGCAAUUAUGAAUCAGAAACUGGCUUUAAGGGAAAAACCCAUCACUGAGAAUGAGACCAUUCUGCAGAAGGAGCCUGUGGUCUUGCAUGAAAAACACCCAGUUGAAGAGGAGGCUAUUUCAAAGGAGCCUUUGACUGCACGGGAGAAUCUUAGCCAUGAGGUGACCCUUUGCAAGCAGUCAGUAAUCUUUAAGGAGAGGCCUACUGUCAAUAAGGUAGUCCGUUUCAAGGAAGCAUUCGUUUUGAAUGAAAAGCCCACUACUAGUAAAAUGGUGUAUAUGAACCAGUCAUUGACCUAUGAAGAGAAUCCCAUCCACAUGAAAGAUAACACUAUCAGCGAUUUAUUAUCCCAGACACAGAAUAGCCCAAAUAAGGUUAGCAGGCCCUCUGAAUGUGGAACAAAGAAGCUCAGAGUUGUUGGCAUUUCAAAUAUGAAGAAGUUCAGUUUUGCCAACAAGUUCUGCACCUAUAACAGUAACAAUGAUCCAGUUUUCAAUACAGUAUAUGCCAAGGAUAUCUUCAGAUAUAUGAAAGAGAGAGAGGAAAAAUUCAAAGUUAAUCAAUACAUGCCUGGACAGGCUGAUAUCAGCAGUGACAUGAGGGCUACUCUUGUGGACUGGUUGGUGGAACUGCAGGUGACCUUUGAGAUGAGUCAUGAGACCUUGUACUUAGCAGUGAAGCUGAUAGAUCUCUAUCUUAUGGAGGUAAUAUGCAGAAAGGAAAAGCUACAACUCCUUGGUUCUACAGCUUUUCUUGUUGCAGCAAAAUUUGAGGAACCCAAGCCACCUUGUAUGGAGGACUUCCUGUACGUCUGCGAUGAUAUGUAUUCACGACAUGAGAUGAUUAACAUGGAAAUUAAAGUUCUGCAAACCCUCGACUUUGAUAUCAACAUUCCCAUUGCCUAUCAUUUUCUGCAUGCCUAUGCUAAGUUUGUUCCUACUAACAAGCAGACCGUGACCUUGUCCCACUUCAUCUGUGAGUUGACACUGCAGAACUAUGCCUUUAUCGAGGCGAAGGCUUCCAAGCUUGCUGCUGCCUCCUAUCUCCUAUCCCUCUAUAUAAAUAAUCUCAAAAAUAAGGCUCCUGCCUUAGAGACAUGCAGUGGCUACAAGAUUUCUGAGCUUUACUCCUUGGUCUUACAAUUGAACAUUCUGUUGUCUUUGAGUCCUACUGAGGACCUCAAGAGUAUAAAGUUGAAGUAUUCUCACAAGGUCUUUUUCCACGUUGCCAGAACACCUCCCAUGAACUUAUUGUGGCUGGAAAAGCUUAUGAAAAAUGAAUAAUUCUGAGAUUGAUUCCAAAGCUGAGGAUCCGGUUCUCCCAACUGCAUCCC